AUGGCCCAGAACAUGGUUUAUGCUGACCUGAGGUUUGCCAAGGUGAUGGGGGGCCGGAGCAUGGCCAGCCAGGCACUGGAGGCAGCCCUUGGCAUGGAUGAUGCAGAGAGUCCCUAUGAGAACACACAGCCGGAGCUGGCGGGGCAGGAUGGGGAUGGGGCCCAGCCCCAGCCCAGCCCAGGGUCCUGGUCCCAGCGGUGGUGCAUUCCUUUAGGGCUGCUAGCAACCUGCCUGCUGCUGCUGGUGACCACUGUGGCCCUUGGAGCUUGCUACUGGCAGGUCACUCGCAGCCUGCAAGAUGCCUCCCGUGAGCACGUGGCCGAGCAGGGCCGCCUCUCACAGGAGCUGAUUGCACGGGAGCAGAGCCUGGAGCGGAUGCAUCUGGAGCUGGCACAGGCCACAGCGGAGCUGCAGCGCGCAUGGCGAGAGGGCAACAGUAGCCAGCUGGAGCUGGGGAACCGGAACACUGAGCUGAGGCGUGUCAUGGAGGUCCUGGGGAAGAUGGAGAAGGACAUGCAGGAUGUGCAGGAGAAGCUCAACAACAGUGAGAGCACUGUGGCAAGCCUGCGUUCCUGCACAGCUAUAGAUUGCUGCCCUUCAGGCUGGCUGCUGUACAGGGGCAAGUGCCUCUUCAUCUCAUUGGAAAAGAAGACAUGGGAGGACAGCAGAGUUGAAUGUGAGAAGAAAUAUUCUCAGCUCCUGGUCACCAAAUCCUGGAGUCGCUGGACUGUGCCUACCUUCCUGAGGAAUGCAGACAUCCCAUAUUGGAUCGGGCUGCACAAGAGCAGCUACUCCUGGUAUGAAUAUGACUGGCUGGAGGAGGAAGACCCAGACAGUGAUGGAGGAUCAGACGUCUGGUUCUGGGUGGAUGGUUCCCCUUAUGAAAGGCCAUGGCAGUCAAAGUCAAAUGGGUCCUGUGCCAUAAUAAGCCGUGGGAACAUCAAACCUGCCCAGUGUGCCAGUCCUGAUGACCUGCAACUCUGGAUCUGUGAGAAGGUGGCAGGGCCAUCUUCCCCUUUCAUGUGA